AUGCAGUCUUAUAGAUAUGAUACCGCUCCGACUUCAGCAAAGGGCAAGGAGCCAGCGAUUCCUGGUGGUUCAGCAUCCACGCAACCGCUCCCAUUCUCUCGCAAGACUAAGAACCGGAGGCCACCUCUCUCGCAAAACACCUUCUCGCGACCCAUUUCUGACUUGACCACCUCCCAGACCGCUGGCGUUCUCGAUGACCAGGUCCGAAACGUGUUUCGCAGCAGCAAUACUUGGACAUCGUCAAGCGGAGACAUCGGGCUUGCAUCUGAAGGCGAAGAGGUUGAUGAUCGCGAGCAGUUUGUGGAUGAGUACAACAGACUUGCUAAGAAGGUUGAGUUUUUGGGUGCUUUAGUAUACUUCCAUGUAUGUUUAGCUGACCGGGAACGUAGUAUGGCAUACGUCCAAUUGUGCCCGGAGACUUCCCCCAGGUCGCAGUAG